CUCUGAACUCUGAAGACACAAGACAGUCGUCCAUUCGCAAAGGAAAGGUCUUGUUGUAUUGCGCAUGCGCCGUGAGUGUUAUUAAGAAUUAUUUUUGUGAUUUCCCGCGUUUAACGAAAUUCACUGUAAGAACCUCUGAAAAAGUUAAGUGAAACGAGUUUUCUUACUGUUUACUGGAAUUUUCGUGUGUGGAAUCUUCUCAGUGAACUGGCUGGUACUUCAAACUGCAUGUUUUAUUUAUAUUUAAUCAUAGAUUCGAUUUGAAUCUUCUGUUUAUGACGAUUGAAGUUUUAUUGGAUUCCGGUUGGAGAGAUUCGCUGCUGACUCUAGAGUGGUGUCAAAACGACUCAUCAAGAUUAAUGAAAAUGUCCUGAAAACACCAAAAAAUAUCAUGCACAGAUAAUAAAUAUCAAAAAGUGAUGUGGUGACUGGAGUAGUGACAUUUUAAAUAGAAAGAUGGCGUUGUUGCGUUUGACAUUCGCGUGUGCGUUAAGUGCUGUGUUUGUGUGUGUGGGUGGGCACGUAGCAUUGACCUUCCCGCCUGCGAGAAAGUAUGACUUGGACUUUUUGGACAAUUCUAGAACGAAACCGCCAUGUGGAAUGCCUAAAGGUUCAAUAAAGACGUCUUUUUUAGCUGGUUCAAAAGUUACAGUCCACUGGCAUUUGGCAUACGCACACCGAGGAGGAUUCAGUUUGAGGAUAUUGGACUAUCUGGAAAGACCCUUGUUGGAUUUAACGCCCAGAGCCGGUGGUUCAGAAUUUGUACGAGAUGAUCCGACGGCUCAAAAGUAUGAAGUCCACCUACCAAGCGACUUCACGUGUGAAAACUGUACGUUACAAUUGCAAAGAGAGGCCGGCGAGUGGGGCGCCAACUAUCGGUUCUGGUCGUGCGCUGACAUCGACAUCGUUACACGUAAGGAAUACCACGAGAACUGUUCCGGCAGAGGUUUCCACAUCCUUGGCCGCUGUAAGUGCCACAAGAUGCACAGCGGGCCGCGCUGCCAGUUCUCGGACGAGUGCGCGGAGGACAACGACUGCGGGUUGAGAGGGAAGUGCUUCGACACCAACUCCACUGAAUCGCCAAGUAGGGUGUGCUACUGUCCACUCGGAUUUUAUGGAAAAGGGUGUAACAAAAAGGCACCUUGGAAGGACAAGGACAUAAACCUGUCAUUAUAUAGUAAGAAGCAAUUAUCGAAGCAGUUCGCCUUGUACUGGCGUGUUCUGAAGGAGGAAUCUGAGAUGGAGUUCGUGAUGAUGGUCAAUGGGACGUCAUAUGCUGCUCUCGGCUGGAGACCAAAAGGUCUGAAGAAAGAAUGCAAAAACUUCCCAGUUCUUGGGCCGCCUGUGGAUACUCCUAGCACCCCAGCACCAGAACCUUUACCAGAGCCCGAACCGAAAUCUGAGCCGGAACCGUCCCCUGAGCCGAAGGCUGAGCCAGAACCGACACCGGAACCCAAAUCUGAGCCCGAGCCAUCUCCCGAGCCAAAAUCCGAACCUGAACCCACAGCGGAACCAAAAGCAGAACCCGAACCAUCUCCUGAGCCAAAACCAGAGCCGGAAUCUGCCCCGGAGCCAACAGUCGAACCAAGCCCGGAGCCAAGUUCCGAACCAGAAACUUCCAGGGUAUCUGAAAACGACAAUAGAAACAAGAGGGUAGCCAUGCAUACUUUAGAUGGAUUUGAUUUUAAGAACCUCGGCAAUGACGUUACUGUGAAAACUAGUGUGUCCUAUAAAGUUUCGAGUUCUAAAGGUCGAAAGAAACGAGCCGCCCAGGAAAUAGAGGAGCCAAAUGUGGAAACAUCGACCACUAUAAUAGUCCAUGACAACGAAAACUCCCCUCCCCCCGAACCAGAACGAGUAUUACAACCAAAGCUAAAGCCAAAAACUAAACAUAAGCCCUUCCAACCAAAGUCUAGAAAAUUUAAUAAUUUGAACGUUAGUUCCACUAUUCACACUAAAGAUCACCCAGUGCCUACUUUAGAACCAGUGACUGAAUUAGGGUCAGAUGCGAACCAGGCCUCUAUACCCGUACCCAAUGCAGAGCCUACACAAAUAGAUACCUUAUCACAACCUCAUCCUACUUCUGAGCCUGAACCAAAUUCUGAGCCUGAACCUUCUCCUGAGCCUAAAUCUGAGCCUGAACCUUUUGUUGAACCUAAAUCUCAGCCUAAACCUUCCCCUGAGCCUAAGUCUGAACCUGAACCUUCUUCUGAGCCUAAGUCUGAACCUGGAACUUCCUCUGAGCCUACAUCAGUGCCCGAACCUUCCUCUGAACCUAAGUCUGAACCUGAACCAUCCCCUGAGCCUAAAUCAGUGCCUGAACCUUCCCCUGAGCCUAAUUCAGAACCUGAACCCACCUCCGAGCCUAAGUCUCAGCCUGAACCUUCUCCUGAGCCUAAACCUAAAUUAGAAAAUUUCCGCGAGCCUAAGUCAGAACCUGAACCUAAAUCUGAACCAGAACCCAUCCCCGAGCCUAAAUCUGAACCUGAACCUUCUCCUGAACCUAAAUCUGAGUCAGAACCGUCACCUGAACCUAAAUCUGAGCCAGAACCAUCACCUGAACCCAAAUCUGAGCCAGAACCAUCAGCUGAACCUAAAUCUGAGCCAGAACCAUCACCUGAACCCAAAUCUGAGCCAGAACCAUCACCUGAACCUAAAUCUGAGCCAGAACCAUCACCUGAACCUAAAUCUGAGCCAGAACCAUCACCUGAACCCAAAUCUGAGCCAGAACCAUCACCUGAACCUAAAUCUGAGCCAGAACCAUCACCUGAACCCAAAUCUGAGCCGGGACCUUUUCCUAAUCCCGAACCUGAACCCAAUGCAGAAAUGGAUUCAGAAUAUCUGCUAGUGAAAGGAUUUACUGAAGACACAGGUUAUUUCCCAUCACACGAAUACGUUCCAAAAUUCGAUUUCAACCCAAUGGAUUGCACCGACAUAGUCAUUGGUACGGCUAAAGGAAACUAUCACAGGGUACUGGAUUAUUAUACAAGAGACAGAUCAACACCGAGAGUAGACACGUUUUGGGGUGGGCAUGAUGACAUUACAGCAGCAUCAGGAUUUGAAGAGAACGGCGUUACGACGAUCAUGUUUAGAAAAAAAAUUAAGGCUAAAGAACCAUCAGACCAUUCGUUUGUUGACGACCUGAUGCAUGUGAUAUGGGCUAGAGGUCAGGAAUAUGGUCAUUAUGUACACUCGCCUCCUGCUGGUGUAUCGAAGGGUGAUUUCUAUCGUCCUGACGAGCUGAAAUACCAUGGACACGGAUCCCAGAGGGGAGUCACUGCUAUGAAUUUCUUUGAAGAAACGAAAACAACAAUCUCCGGUGGAAUUCAAUCGUUAGAUGACGACAAAUGCGGCGCCCAGUGGAAAUUUCCGUCCGACUGCGACGUCAAGAACGACACCUGCGAAUACGUCGCGUCCUGGGAGUACCUGGGGCUCAAGAGGGGCAGAGACUCGGUGAGGUUCACCAUAAUGACCAGGAACGCCAAGUUCUGGACCGGCAUCGGCUUCAGCGACAACAAGAAAAUGUCGCAGUCGGACGCCGUGCUGGGCUGGGUGGACCCGCGCAGCGGCCGCGCCGCCGUGCUGGACGCGUGGCUGAGCGGGUACAGCGCGCCGCGCGCCGACGCGCACCAGCACGCGGCGCGCGCCGCCGGCGAGCUGCGCGACGGCCGCGCCUCCUACAGCUUCGUGCGCGCGCGCGACACCGGCGACCCGCAGGACUUGGCGUUCACGGACGAGAAGUGCCUGUACAUGAUGUUUGUGACGCACGGGGGCGGAUUCGAUCCCGUCAGCAAGAGGACCAGCAAGCACAUGAAGACGCCCUACGUCACGGAGGAGAGGGUUUGCAUCAAGCCCUGCGGUCCCGAGCCAGACGAGGAAGAACAAACAACAGAAAUAGUACUGCCCGGCACCAAGACCUACUCCAUCCUCCUUAAGAUAACCGGUCUCGCUGAUAACUUCCGACCUCCUGCAGUCGGAAGUCCCGACUUUGAAGAUUUAGCGGUAAAGGUUUCCAGUAACCUGGCCCAGGAGUUGGGCAGAACUAAGGGAUAUCAGGGAUUAGCUGUGAACGGCUUCAUGCAAAACGAAACUAACGCAAUUAUCGCGGAACUGACUCUGAAGUCGACCGACUUGAACUCUAUCGAGUCAGGCCGGUCGCUGGACGACGUCUCGCUCGCACUCAACGCGAGCGAGCGAGAGGACGACAAGGACAAGUGGGAGCGCGCCGUUAGAGACGCGCUGGCCGUCGGGCGGGUCGGGAACUUGAAAGUGGAUCCCGAAUUUUUGGUCUUAGAAUCUGUGAAUAGCCGGCAGCGGCCGGCGGAGGAGGCGCCGCGGCCGGCGGGCUGGCCGGCCGGCCGCCUGUGGCUGCUCGCGGCGUGCGUGGCCGCGCUCGUGGCGCUCGCGCUGCUGCAGGCGCUCUGCACGCUGGCGCGCCGCUCCGCCGACGAUCAGCUGAUCCCGAGCACGGCGUGGAAGGACUACACGUCGGCGAACACCAACUACGCGUUCGAGCCCUUCGAGAACGACGAGAAGUACAACGGCACCUCCACCGCGUCCCUCGCCCGGCCGACCGGGCCGCCCCCGCCGAGGCCCGGCAGCGCGCACGGGGGGGCCCCGAGGGCGCAGAGGGCGCCGCCCGACGGGCUCGGCGCCGACCGCCGCGACGGGGCGCCCGGCCGGCGCGACCGGCGCGACGCCCGGUUCGACCUCGCCGGCAGCCGGCACGACCUGGCCGGCAGCCGGCACGACCUGGCCGGCGGCAGCGAACGGCUACCGGUCGCCGGGCGGCCGCUCGCCGGGCGGCCGCUCGCCGGGCGGCGCCUACGCCCCCCGCGCGCCCCGCGCGCCCGACACCCGCUCGCUGCAGCGCCCGCGCUCGCGCCCCGGCUACGGCGCGGCGGGCUCGCUGUCGCUGCCGCGGCGCGACGCCACGCCCGACUUCUACUUCAUGCCGUCGCAGCGCAAGCACGAAGAUUUCUGAACGAGUGUUCGAUGACACCUGACUUAAGUUACCAACAGACGCACAUAUAAUAUGGAGUGUUGACUAAGU